GAUUGUUGAAAGUAGUGAAGAUUGCUGGGUCGUGAGGUACGGGUGCUUGUGGUAGUAGGAGGAAGCGUAGGGAAAAGCUCCAGUUCUCCUGUCUUUAUCUGUCCGGAGACUCUGUCUUCUUGUAAAGACAUCUUUCAAAGCCCAGGUGCGUUCACGAAAAGUGCGAAGCUCUGUGAGAUAUCGAGUGAAGAGUAGGAAUAACAGGAACGCCGUUCUUAACAGGUGUUUGCAUCUCGCCGACCCCCACCCCCAUAGCACAAGCAUCAACAUUAUCGCUAAGUUACCGGAUAGGCCGUCCUGCGCAACUCCAUAGGCAGCGCACGAGAACGAAUGAAGUGAUCCUUUCAAGAAGUGGAGUCAUCGGAGCAUAAAGCUGAAAUCUUUGCUGGAAUUGGGACCAAAUCUUCUUCUACCUGGAGUAAAAAAGAAUUUGGAGAUACAAAUAUCUUCACAAUCUGUCCCGUUUUGAUGUGAAGUGAUGUCUGUUGUUGUUGUUGUGAUUGUUAGCUAGUCAUAAACGUCUUCAGUCAUAAGUGAGUGUAAACUUAAAGAACAGGAAAAAAAGGGAGAAAAGUGAUGUUCUCUUUCUGCUGCUCAGUUUUCUAGCAAUUUCAUCCAGUAGUUUUUAUAGAAGCUGUGAAUGUCGGUCUUAUAUUUCUGUGAUUUUACCUUCAUUUUACUGUGGAUCCAUGAAAUCCGAAACAUUUCUGAUAGAUAGAAAGAACUUCUCAUUCAUUUCUCAGCUGGUUUGAUGAGAUGAAUAAGAGACUCAUAACUGCGCCUCCACGAGUGGUCACCCUUUGUUGAAAAUCUCGAAAUAGAUAGAUGGUGAGAUCACUCAAUCUCUGGAUUAUCGUGAAGACCAUACUGACAGCUUCUGGAUAAAUAAAGAAUGGUGGUCUCUUGAAAACUGACUUCAGUAUCAUACUGCACAGAUUCUAUUUUUCUCUCUCAGUGGAAAGGAGUAACUGAAGUUGUACGAAGAAACCGCAUAGAAGAGAAUACCACGACGAAAAGUCAACACCUGUCCUUGCCUCACCACUUAACUAAGUAUAUAGUCAAUAAACUUGAGCCUACUUUUCGUCCUCAAUAUGAAGAAGUACACUUUUGGAUCACAGCUGCUGGCAGCUCCUUUGAUCCUGACUUUGGCGUCACUGGCAGCAAGCAACCCAAUGUUAGCGCCGACAUCAAGUUGGUCCUUGAAGAGCCGAAAUGGAGGCUCUGAAGUCGGAGAAGAGUACCAAAGGGGAAACCUGGGUAAUAUUCCAAGAUCCCUCGGCUAUCCGAGCUCUGCUCAGUCAGAAGACCGAUACAAUGUUAGAAAUUCUCGCCGGCAGUUCCAGUAUGGUGUAUACCAACACCACAAUAGAGAGGGGAAUUCACACCCUAUGGAUUAUGACCUGGAUCCAGCUUAUCAGCAUGAUGUGAAUAUAUAUGAGUAUUCAUAUACCGAGAGUAGCAAUUAUAAAGACCAAAAUAAGAAAUAUAAUGCCGGAUCUGUCCACCAUUUCAGUGGCAGUGGAGGGGGAGGUGGUGGGGGACCGGGAGGCAAUGGAGGCAGGAUGUCACGACGCUACGGAGAUCGUGGUUGGUGGAGGCCGAUCUCGCUCUCUGCAAUGGGACGUGGAGAGUCAUUCAUGGGAAGGCCCGUUGGAUCACAGCACUCGGAAAGACCCUUAAAUGGCCCUGAUGGAGACGGCUCUAGAAGGUUUCGUUACAAUGUCGCUGAAAAUAAUAAUCUAAGUGGAACUGAUCAUCGGGUAGCAAAUAAUGGUGGCGACAUUGUUGUCCAGAAUGAUUCUCUAAUUGGAAUGGUACGUGUACAAAAAUCUCUCCAGUCAAGUCGAGAAGUUCACAGAAGAGAUUUUGCAAUUGUACAAGCAAUUGAACCUACCACGGCUCAACCAGGCUCUCCAAAGCCCAAGCAAAGGGGAUUUGAAUCCUUGUUAAAGAUGCUGACCGAGGCUGAUGAAGAGGAAGAACCAAAAUCUGAUAGCAUCCUUUCUGGAAGUUACCAUCCUGAGAGGAAAGAUACAGUCAAGAUACAUCCACACGGCAAUACCCAGUAUAACAGUUACACUGUGAGCAACAAUGGCAACAACAAUGACAGGAACCAAGAAAACAACAACCAUCUCCCCCUCAACAACAACAUCAAUAGUAACAUUACCAAUGUCACCAGGAGUGACGAUGUUACAGAGAUGGAGAAAGUGGAACAUCUGCCAAGGGUGGGAGAAGCAGGACAGCCAUCCGCACCUGUCACCACCACUGCAGUUCUGGGCUCUAUAAUGCUUCUCAUUAUUAUCUUAAUGGUGAUGGUUGCUCUGCGAGUGCAGUGGCGGGAGAGAGUGAAGGACGCCGAGGACUGGGGUGUUCGGUCGCCUACUGUCCAACCCUCUACGCCUGCAGCUACCAACGCUGGCCCGCCCUCCUCCUCCCCCGGUAACCACCUUGACCCCCUGAAUCACCUACAGCCUGAACCAAUUAGGAUAAAGGCCAAAGGACUGCUGGAGCGUCGUGGUUCCAACACCAGCCUGACGCUCGAACUAGCACCCAACUGCCCACCCCCAGAAGUGACGUCACCGCCUAGGCACUGUACUCCGGAGGAGUUCUUGAUGACCGCAGGGAACAGAAUGAGCCGCCGACAGCUUCGCAAUUGCCUUCGUAAUACAAGAGCUCUUCAUGCAGAGUUCUGGGAGGUGCCCUUGAAUCAUCCUGACAAGUGUGACGUUCCUGGUUCUGGAGCUAAAAAUAGGUACAGAACUGUGCUUCCCAAUGAAGCUACACGCGUCCAUCUGAAUAGUGAGGACCCAACGAAUGACUACAUAAACGCUAAUUAUGUCCGGGGCUAUGAUGGGGAAGAGAAGGCAUACAUAGUGACACAAGGCCCUUUGGCACACACAGUAGUUGACCUCUGGACUCUAGUGAUGCAAGAAAAGGCUCCGGCUGUUGUUAUGAUCACUCGACUCAAGGAGAAGAGAAGAGUCAAGUGUGAACCCUACAUACCAACACUUAGUGCCACCUACGGCGACAUCACAGUGACAGUGAAGCAACUCAUACACAAGAAUGGAUACACUAUACGGCAAAUGUUACUCCAGCGCGGCGAUGUUACCCACGAGACUUUGCAUUUCUGGUACACUACUUGGCCAGACCACAAGACUCCCACGGAAGCAGAUCAGCUCUUGGCUAUGGCUUUAGAAGUAGAUCGCGUCAGGAAGAGUAGUGAAACUGGCACCAGAGGCCCAGUGGGUCAUUGCUCAGCUGGUAUUGGACGCUCAGGAUGCUUUGUCGCCAUCAGUAUUGCUAUCAAUCAACUGCUUGAAGAAGACUGCGUUGACAUUCUGGGAAUACUUUGUCAGAUGAGACUAGACAGGGGCGGUAUGGUGCAGACGGGUGAGCAGUACGAGUUCAUCCACCGAGCAGUGGCUCUGUACGAGGAGACCUUGCCCAUCGUCUGCAGCGGGAAGUGAUCGGAGGCCCCCGCUCCCUCGUCCGGAUGCAGCUCCAGCAAUCAUUCGCUACUUCUGUCGCCUCACUAGUGGUUUGUAGUUGUCCUUAGCGUACGACGUGGCUCACUGUGCACUGCCAAGGUGAUGACUGCUGUGUGGCUUCUGCCUUUUGGUGAGUGAAAGUGUCGGGAAUCGCUGAAGAUUGGAAAGGAAACUUCCAGCUGCCGAUAAAGGGUAAUCAAUCACAAGUGCUUCUUCUGAAGCGCCACAGGAUUAUAGUCAGCAUUCUUGGACGAAAUGCUGACGCCAUAGUCGUGGUUGUGUUCAUAGAUGACUUGGUGUAGUAAAAGUGAUAUCAUUGUUGAUAUAUGUUUAUUUAUAAUUGAGCGGCUGCAUUUAGGCUAUACGUUCCCUGAAAAGACUUGAGUUACAUAAUAAUUUCCAUUUAGUUAAAUGUGAAAUCCAAAUUACAUUCAUGUUUAUGUAUAAAGAACAAAUAUGUGUAAGAUUAUGUUGUGAUCCCUGUCUGUAUCUUUUCUCGUGUUGUAAAUGCUCCAUUAUCCUUAGCGUGAAGUCCA